AUGCAUUUACUUGAGAUUCUUGCAGCACACUUUCAGAGUUUCUCUGAAACCCUCCACCUUCCCCAGCUCCACCUGUAUAGAUCUGUUAGGGGUUAUUUUAUAUGCUAUUUGUCUGCAAUUAUUGUGGAUCAUUUUUACUUGACCGAUUAUCUAUUACAGUCCCUCCGUCAAAGAAUACCACAGAUGGCUCUGUCUGUAUGCACCACUUUUUGGAUAUGUAUGAAAAUCAUUCCAAACAGUAUAAGUGGAAUCUCAAUUUCAUCACUGGUUCAUUGCUUUCAUUUCCCUCUCUCGUUUAUAAAAAAGGCUUAGAUUCUUUACUGCUUCUUGGCUGUUUACCUGCUGCCUCUGAUCAUCAUCUGCAUGUGUUACACUUUCAUGUUGAAACACAUGGGUCAAGCCACGGUGGAGCCCAUUCAUGGAUGUGAUCACAUGCUGCAGACGUUAGCAGAACGGGUUGAAGCAGUGUACACCAGAGUAUCCAGAAUGGUGGUUGUGAUGGUGCUGCUGUUUCUGGUCUGCUGGGGUCCAAUCCAGAUACUGAUUCUCUUCCAAGCAUUCUGUUCUGAAGAUGUGAGUCACAGCUACACCUACAAACUAAAGAUCUGGGCUCAAUGCGUGUCCUAUUCCAAUUCCUCCGUAAACUUCAGGAGCUACACCUUCAGGGGAGCCAACUUCAGAAAGGCCUUCAGAAGUGUGUUCUGUUUGAUCUUCAAAAGAAACACAAGAACAACCGAGCUCCCCACCUUUAACACAGAGAAGAACUUUCUUUCAUCCCAACUUUAG